AUGCAUGACGAAGGACAUGAUGCCGGUAGCGAGGACAUCAUUCUGCAUCCAUGCGUACCAGGCGGCCCACAGGCGCUCGGCGACGUUCAGGUGGGCAUUGUACUUGGAAACCUCGGCGAACUGGGACCAGCCAUGCCGGGGGCUCCGGGGUAUUUUGCAGCACGGUUGUUUGUUUGCCUUGUUUGCUCGUGGGCACCGAACUACGAGUUAGCAGUGACCACCACAUACUUGCUCUACACACAUCAUGUCCUGCCAGUCCUGCCGACAUGUCGCUCAUUCAAGAGUCCGUCCAACCCCACGAGUAAUCACCCACUACUGACGGUCGCUUCCGCCAGAAAUGCCUGCGGCGUCAACUCCCAGCUCGAUCGCCUCCAACAACACCUGACAUGCGUCGCCGUUAUUGAUGAUCCCUCCAGUCAGCAGAUCGCACAUCUGCAGAGCCUGAUCCACUCCCUCUCCAUCACCUCCAAAACCCAGCCCCUUCUCUCCGCGAACCGGCUGGCGGAUUUGAUCUCUGGCGCGGCCGUGUCUCGCCUCCGAGCAGAAUCCGCCACCGAGAUUGUCGCCCUCCAUGUGUGGCUCGUGACCGCCAAAGCUGCCGUCCAGGCAUCUAGUCUGGCCAUGAACGAGCUAUUGAACCGAACCCUACAACUUCACCAAGAGGUUAGCUAUUGGGAUGAAGUAUUAGAUUCACCGUGGUACAGCGGCCUCUAUACUGUGCAGACAUUGCCCCUCCGAUUGUGGAAAUGGACCAAAGAGUUGUAUUCAGACCAAGAAAUUCAGGAUUGGAGAGUCCAAUCCGUGUCAACGUCAAUAGCCGCCCGAUGGGCCCGGUUUUAUCAAGUGGUCAGGCAAAGUGCUCGGACACGACCGGCAUUCUCCUUACGAAUCAACCGCCUGACCCCAAUCAGGGAAUGCAGGGCACAAGUACAGCAAAAGAGGGACCUCCUCAUGUCCAUCACGGAUAUCCAUACCAGCAGCUUGGGUCUGAUGAUGGAAGGAUGGCGCUUUCUGGAGCUGAACGAGAUAUCCGCAAGUCAGGGACCGGACGGUGGGUCGCUCAAGUCGUGGUGUGAUGCGGUCGGUCGGUCCGUAGCCCUCACCGAGACCCUUCUGCAGCAGGUGGCUGACCCACCUGAUACCCAAACCUUCGAAAAAGUGGUCUCCGCGGCCAUCGACCAGGAGAGCCACAGCGCACAGGUGCAAUGGCAGCAGGGGGGUUUCCCGCUGCAGAAACCCCUGCAUCUGAUUGACCGCCUGGUGCAUGUUCUGCGAACACAGCUCCCGGACCAUCGGGCAUCGGUGUCGACAUUUAUUGGUCUCCAUGGACGUCCGUCGCGCCUGAUCCGGUAUUGGCUCCCGGCCUUUGUGGCAAUCUCGUCGAGUGGAGCGUCGGUGCAAUUCCUGGCUAGCCACCGGGACCAAAUUCUCCACUGGAUCAUUGACAUUGGCGCCACCGUGGUUGACUUUGGCAGUAACUGGGUGGUGGAUCCCAUUCGAAAGCUCGUUGGGACCAUCCGACAUGAUGAGAAGAGCGAGAUCGCCAUUAUGAGCAAGAACAGUUUGGUGGCUGACCGGGCCAGCCUGGAGAGAAUGGUGGUGGACUUUGUUCUCGACCGUCCUGAUCUCAGCCCCGGAACGCCGGCGACGGAAGACACCACCGCGAUCGUCAAUGCCGUGAAGGAGGGAGAUCUGACACCCGUGCUGCGGGCCUACGAGCGAGAUUUACGGUCCCCGUUCGUAGGGACCAUCAAGGGCGACCUCGUACGCGCGCUCCUGAUCCAGAUCCAAAAGACCAAGGUCGACGUAGAGAUUGCAAUCAGCGGCAUUGACUCUCUUCUGAAGAGCCAAGAACUGGUCUUUGGCUUUGUGGGGCUCACCCCCGGGAUUUUGGUGUCCUAUGCUACCCUGCAGUGGCUGGCUGGCGUUCUCGGCAGCCGACGCGGCCUGCGGCAAGGCAAGAGACAGGAUGCUUUGCGGCGUGGGUUACGGAACAUCACUCGGGUCUUGUCUCCCUCCUCUCAGGGCGUUCUUUCCCACAAAGACGCCGGGCGACUCAUGUGCGAGGCCGAGUCGCUGCUUCAGGCGGCCGAGUCGGUCCUGGGCGGCCGGCAAUACCACGAGCUGCGGCAGGAUGUGCAGGAUCUUCUGGAUACGAGCGGCGGGGUCGAGCAGCAGCAGCGGGUGGUAGAGCGGAUGCGAUGGACGUAUUCCCCAACCACAUAA